UGAUCUGUAUCUUAUUAAAAAAGGAGAAAUGAUAGGCGCGCACAAAUAAAUAUCGAACGGCACGUGUCUCUCGGAAGCUAUAAAGCUGGGAGAAACUUCGCGAAUGUGGAGUGAUUGCGAAUUGACGCCGUCAUUCGGUAGUCAGCGCAAAUUAACGUUAAUAGAAAUUGAUGCUGGAUUUAUUCGCGGCCUGGAAUGCAAUCGAAUCGCGUUCGACAGGGCCGAGAGGGCAACCACGUAGACAGAUCGAGAAGAUGUGCUUGUAGCAGACCCGCACGCUCAUGCGCGCGUCAAAGAACUCGAUGGAACAGAGGUCCCCUUGUCUUCACAUCGUACGUUGUGCUCUUUUAUAGUCGGCGAUUCUGCUCAGUAAACGCUUCGUUUUCAUGCCCGACCGAUCCGCGAGUCUCCCUUCGUCGUGCUUUCACGAUUCCGGAUUCACGGGAAAAUUGGAAUCGAUUAGUCUUCACGACAUAAUCGGCGAGCCUUUCCACGCUUUUUCGCGGUUGAUGAUGAAUGCGAAAGCGAAAUCCGAUCCUCAAAGCGAUCGAUAGUCUUUUUUUUUAAGCGUGCACGCUUCGUCCUUUUCUUCUCUCUACUCAGUUAAGGAAUGGAAAAAAAAAUGCAUUCGUUUGUUACAGUCCUUUUGCUUCUAAAUUACGACUCAUAGAUGCAAUAAUAAAAAAAAGAUUUUAACGCUCGUCUUCAAAUGUGAGAUAUCACUUUACGUCAUUGAUGGUGAUUUGUAAAACGUAACAAUGGGUUUCUCAAGAGUUCUACCGCUGAUAAUCGGAGUGCUUUUUCUAUUUUCAAAUAUUGCCGAGCGCGUCGAUGACUUUGAUGAAGAAUCAAGUAGCAGUCUGAAGGGCGAUAUAAGUGACAGUAAUGUCACGUCGACCUUUUUGAACUUUAGCCAGAAGAUAAACAGGGAUGACCAUUAUCAAUACGAGCACCUGGACAAUCCUGUCGACAGGAUGCUGAAGAACAAAGCGGACAUGUUGUCUCAUCUUCUAAAAAUGCACAUAGACCGAUUGCGAAAUAAAACUGACCAGGUGGAACUAGUAUUUCUGGUGGAUGCGUCCGGUUCGGUCGGCGCGGAAAACUUCCGCAGCGAGCUCAAUUUCGUGACGAAGCUCCUGUCGGAUUUUACAGUUGACGCGAUGGCCGCGCGAGUGGCUUUGGUUACCUUCAGCGGUCGAGGUAAUGUGUAUCGGAAUGUUGAUCAAAUCUCUAAACACGGGCCCAACGAUCACAAAUGUUAUUUGCUGAACAAAGAGUUCAGCAAUAUCACCUAUAACGGCGGAGGAACUUACACGCGCGGCGCGCUUCUUGAAGCGCUAGCGAUUCUUGAGAAGAGUCGUGAAACGGCGAGCAAGGUGGUAUUCUUGAUAACCGACGGCUUCAGCAAUGGCGGUGAUCCGCGACCUGCGGCCAAUCUGCUGAAGAAUAUGGGCACGAUCGUAUUCACAUUUGGCAUACGUACGGGGAACGUGGAGGAGUUGCACGACAUCGCCAGCUAUCCCGGAUAUACGCACAGUUACCUUCUCGAUAGCUUCGCAGAGUUUGAAGCUCUAGCUCGACGCGCCUUGCAUCGCGACUUGAAGACCGGGCAAUAUGUGUCCGUAACCCUGCCGACCGAUUGCAACAGUCUAUGUGCGAAUAAUACGGCAAAUCGAACGUGCUGCGACGAAUUGGCGACUUGCACCUGCGGCACCGCAACUGGCCAUUACGCUUGCAUCUGCCCACUUGGCUAUUUCGGCUCUGGUCUCAGAGGUUUUUGUCAACCUUGCCCGAACGGGACGUAUGCGUCAGGGAACACCUCAGGAGAUUCCACUGCCAUAUGCAUACCCUGUCCAGAUGUAAAUCACAUCACCGUCAAGAUUCCCGCUACCUCGGUAGUAGAUUGCAUAUGCGCUUCUGGAUUCAGCACAGAUGGUUAUAAAUGCGAGGCUAUAACGUGUCCGAAGCUGAAAAUUCCCGAAAACGGAUAUCUGCUAAAGGCCAAGGAUUGCAGCAACGUGGUGCACGCGGCAUGCGGCAUAAGAUGUAGGAUUGGUUUUCACUUGCAGGGAGAUAGCAUCCGACUCUGUGGUAAAGAUGGAACAUGGUUAGGCAACGAGCCGCAGUGUUUGCUGAAGACAUGUCCGGCUUUGCGCGCACCCGCGCAUGGCCGGGUGAAAUGCGAGCAUGACGAAGACUAUCAGCAUCAAUUUAAGGAGAACUCCACCGUGUAUCCUAUCGACACGCGUUGCCAGUUUCGGUGCGAUGUCGGCUAUCAACUUCGCGGCAGCGUAGUGCGUAAUUGUCUACCUCUGUCCCGAUGGGACGGUCUGAAAGUUACUUGCAAAGCUGUGAAAUGCGAACCUCUACCGCAAAUCGUGAAUGGUAACAUCACCCCAGAAAUCUGUACCGGUCCGGCGAAGGUGUCUUUUGCCACUAAUUGCACGAUUACUUGCAAUGAGGGCUUUGUCCUGGAAGGACCCUCCAGUAGAUCCUGCACUGGACGCACGGGAAUUUGGUCCAAACGUCAUAGCGUUAAUCAAUGCGUGGACAAGAUACCACCCUCCCUGGAAUGUCCGGCUGAAAUUGUGACAGAAACUGCGAAGGGACAGAGUUAUGCGUACGUGAAUUGGACGGUACCUGAAGUAACCGAUAACACGGAUACAGCGCCCAUGUUGUGGACGAAGCCGCAUAUCAUCCUACCUUGGAAAGCGAAGAUCGGCACACGUAUCGUUGUAUACGUGGCUCAGGACGCGAGUGGCAACAAAGCCAAAUGCAAAUUUAAAGUUAAAGUUCUCGACAGAGAACCGCCAACAAUUGAAAACUGCGUCGAUCCACCAACGUUUUAUAUCGAUUUUGAGGGUGGUCUCGCGAAUGUAACAUGGGAUGAGCCGGUGUUCUAUGACAAUUCGAGAAUUCCGGUGCGUGUCAAUCAAAGUCAUGAACUUGGCAAGGAUUCCUUCUUUCCAAUUGGCCGUACAAAAAUCUUUUAUAACGCGACAGACAAAUACGGCAAUCGGGCAAGUUGCGUAUUGAACAUUACCGUAGAAGAUGUAUGUAAAAAUCUGACAACACCUGUAAAUGGUCAACUAAACUGUUCUUCGUCGGGCGAUCGCGAAACGCAAUGCGUUGUAGCUUGCGAGGAUGGCUAUGACUUUGCGAUCGAGCCGACGAAUUUCAAUAUCGUUAACGAUGAAUUGCUAUUAAAAUGUAAUAACUCGAACGAUCACAUGUGGGAAAGUAAUCAUCUACCAGAAUGUUUAGAAACACAAACACCAAAAAUGAUAUCUCAGGAAGGAAAUGUGAUAUUACGAAGUAACGGAAGCGUGAUAUGCGAUAAUCAAACUGCUCUUCGCGAAUUGAGCGAACAUAUUGCUAUUGACUUGAAAUUGAGAUUGUUGGAAACAUGCGACAAUGAUAUCGAGUGCAAUCUAAUCAAUUUUGAUCCCAUAUGUGAAGACGAUAUGUCGUCGUCCAAAAAUUUCGAGGACAAUUUAAUACGAAGACGAAGAUUCGAGCUUGAUCACGAUCAAAUUCGAUUUACCAAAUCCAUCUCCAGAAAUAUUGAAAUAAUAAUGCUGAAAAGAUUGAAACGCGCAGUUAAAUUAAAUCAAAAUUCCAACAAAAAUAUUACCAGACCUAAACGGAAACGAGAAAGAAUAGAGAUCAAGUUCAAAUUUCUAGCUAGGAUAAUUGAAGAAAACUUUGAGAAUCCCAAACGGGGAAUGCAAAAGUUGAGAGAAAGAAUCGACACGAUGACACGGAUGGGAAAACUGAACUUGCUUAAUAAUAGAACUAAUCAGGAGAUCGCGAGGCUCGCUCUAAAUCUGCAUCUCGUAUUUAAGGAUCCGCAGGAUCUCUGUGAUCCCGGAAGCGUACUGAAGAGAUAUGGUUGCGUAAAAUGUCCCGCGGGCACUUUCUACGAUUCUUCUACCAGGACUUGCCAGCCGUGUCCGUUCGGCCAGUACCAAAACAUGACUGCUUCGUUGACAUGCAUAUCUUGUCCGAAAUACACCUUUACGAAGAGAAUGCAUGCAAAAUCCUUAAAAGAUUGCAUUCCUCUAUGUCGAUCAGGAUAUUAUUCUCGGCGUAGACGCUAUCACGGAUCGCAUUUGGGUAUGGAGCCUUGUUUCGCGUGCGAUGUCGGUUUUUAUCAGCCAAAUUAUGGACAGAAUCAAUGCUUGCUGUGUCCGUCAAAUGCGACAACGGAAAAACGCGGCGCUGUGACCAUCAACGAUUGUCUGGCGAUUCGCGACGAGGAAUUUGAUGACUGUCGAAUAGAUCCUUGUUUAAACGGCGGUCGAUGUUUACAAGAUGAAAGUGGCUUUGUUUGUGAAUGUCACGAAUAUUAUAUGGGAUCGAAAUGCGAAGAGUUCAAGGAUCCGUGUGAUUCUUCGCCAUGCUUGAACGAGGGAAUGUGCAAAACACGGCAACAUCCUGAUAAUUCCGUGACGUAUGAGUGCAAGUGUAAAAGUAGUUAUACUGGUGCGAAUUGUGAGAUCUAUAUAGACGAAUGUUCUACCAAUCCUUGCCAGAAUGAUGGAAGAUGCACGAGCACCGAGAACGAUUUUAUCUGUGAAUGCAAAGAUGGAUUCGAAGGUCAAUUCUGCGAGAUUCCGAUGGAUCACUGCGAGCUUAUGCCUUGCGAAGAAGGAUCUGCAUGUCGUACCGUAAACGGUACCUGGCAAUGUCUCUGUAAACCCGGUUUCCUAGGUCGACAUUGUAAUCUGUUGCCCUGUGACUGGUUACCCUGUCACGCGAACGCGAUUUGUGUCAACAUCAAAGAAGAGAACGCGACGCGAAAGAGUUACAGAUGCGAUUGUCCCGACGGAUAUACGGGGGAGGAUUGUGCCAUCAAGAUCGAUCAUUGCGAGAACUUACUCUGUCUCAACAAUGCUUGUAUCAAUCGUGUGCACGAUCACAUCUGCGAAUGUCCGUCUUUAUUGAAGACCGUUUUAACGGUCAUAGAAUUAUCGUCCGAUUACGUGAUCCAUUUCACGAAGUCCGGCACGACAGAUUAUGUGACCGCCAAAGGACCCGCGAGGGAUCUCCUCCAACUGUCUGUUUGCCUGUGGCUGCAAUCGAUGGACACUUUCAAUUACGGCACGAUGUUGUCAUAUGCGACAAUGUUUUAUGACAACGCUUUCACACUGACGGAUUACAAUGGAUUGGUCUUAUACGUUAACGGGGAAAAAAUUGUCACCGACGUCAAGGUCAAUGACGGUAAGUGGCACUUCCUGUGCGUUACUUGGGAGAGCGAACGUGGUUCCUGGCGCGUGUUCCUCGACGGAAUUCUCAAAGAUAGCGGUAUCGAUUUGGCUCAAGGAACUGUCAUCCAAGCCAACGGAUCCCUUGUCAUCGGACAGGAACAGGAUCGCUUAGGCGGCGGUUUCUCCGAAUCUGAGGCGUUCCUAGGAAUGCUGGGAUUGUUGGAUAUGUGGGAUGUCAUUUUACACGAGAACAAUAUUACGAAAUUGUGGAACAGCUGCGAAAAAUAUCAUGGAAAUCUUGUGGCCUGGGCGCAAAUGCGGCAGAACGUUCGUGGCGACGUCGUGAUCUUGGCUAGUCCGUUUUGUCGCGGUUGCCCGUUACCCGUCGUGCCAUUUAAAGGUAACAUUAAAGUGAGCGAGGAUCUAUCCGAGAUAACGUAUACCUGCGACAACGGAUACAUUAUUCGAUUCAACGGUGAGGAAUACCGAUCUUUCGGAAGAAAAUGCCUCAAGCACGGCCAAUGGGAAGGAUACGACACACCAAUCUGUACGAAAAUAAAAUGUGGCUUUCCGGGAUAUUUUCCACGCGGACGUAUUCACGGAGAUUCAUAUUUAUUCGAGGAUGAGAUAUAUUAUUCCUGCGCCGAUGGUUACGAACUACGCGGAAAUCCUCAUCGCAUCUGUAAUUCCGAUGGCAAGUGGAUUGGAUUACCUCCAAUCUGCAUAGGAACAACAUGCAAAAAUCUACUCGCUCCGGAAAAUGGAGAUAUAGAAUAUAUACUAGAGGAGAAUGAAAGAGAUGACGUCACGAUAUUGCAGGCUGGCCAGCAACUGGAAUUCAAAUGCAAUCCUGGAUAUCGUUUAAUGGGAGAGAGAUAUUUAACCUGCUUGGAGACUGGCGUUUGGGAUUACAACAGACCGUCUUGUGUACUUUAUGGAUGUCCUCCACCAAAACAAAUAGAACACGGCUACAUCAUCCUCCCUGAUUCCGAGCAAGAAUCGAACCGGACUUUCGUGCGUGAUCUCGAGGGAAACACGAUCGAUGAUUUCUCCGAAAGAACCUAUCACUAUGAUGACAUCGUUGAAUUUUCCUGCCAUCGUGGUUACAAGUUUCAUGAAAAUGACAAUCUGCUAACGGAAUUUAAGUUGCAAUGUUCCGUGAACGGCACUUGGACAGGUUUCGUCCCCGAUUGUGUCCUACGUACAUGUCCGUGGCCAGAUCGCGUAAAAAAUGCGAGAAUCUUUCUUAGGAAACAGGAUAAUAUCAUGACUGAAAUUCCGAUGGAAAAAGACGCGACAUCGAAAUCUGAUCAAAGAGAAAUGAGGAAAAAUAAGAAUGAUGCGGCGAACAGGAUCUCCCCGGAAACUUUUGUUUCUGGCACGGCAAUCGUCAUCGUCUGCGAUCCGGGAUACGAAUUAAUCGGAAACAGUAUUAAAAUGUGUACCGAGGAAGAGAAAUGGUCCUCGACUUUCGUUUCUUGCGAGCCGCGUAAUUGUUCCAUUGGAAAUCAUCCGAUUUUUAGAUUCUUCCAAAGAUUGGAGAACGAAACUACCUUGGAAAAUAAUACAGAUAUACCAUCGUUUGACUCUAACGAAACAUGGUAUGACAAGGAAAACGUUACGCGUGCAUAUAAAGAUUUUGAAAUUUUCGUCGAAGGGAACAGUUACGGGCAACAAAUAAUCCUAACGUGCCGAAAUAGCACAAGGAUGAACUUGCACGAGUUGAUCGCUAAUGAGACAAUCUUAUUAAAUAUAACAUGGGUAUGCAAUGAGACUGCAAAAUGGGAGAUUUCGAAUUUAUCAUUGGAAGAGUCUGUACUCGAACACCUGCUGAAAAAUUCAAUAGAUAUCUGUGAUAGAUCGUGUGCGCCUCCACAAAUACCAGAGUAUGGGUACAUUGAUAACAGCAAUAACACCGACGACAUUAACGAUCGCAAGGCGAUCGGUACUGUCAUCACUUUCAGAUGCCGUCAUGGAUACACUCUCGAGGGUGACGAACGAGCUGUUUGUUUAUCGGAUGCCCGAUGGUCCGCUUUAUCUUCUUGCAAACCUGUAACCUGUGGAAAACCGCCGAUUGUCGCUAACGCGAUAUUAAAAAGUGAUGUCGAUGGAACUCAGAAUUACGUUUUCGGCAAUAUGAUCUCUUACCAAUGCAUUCCGGGUUAUCGCGUAUUUGGACAAACAAACUUAAGAUGUUUAGGAAGCGGAAAGUGGUCUAGAUUGAAUGGCAGAUGUUCAAAAAUAUCAUGUGGUAAACCACAGAUUCAGCAUGAAAUCGCGCUCUAUGGCCGUUCGUACUUGUUUCAAGAUCAUUUAACAUAUAUAUGCCCUAACGGUAAGCAGGGAAUGAUUAGAUGUCAAGCCGAUGGAAAGUGGAACGAGUCACCGAAAUGUAACGGAGGUGAAAGCACCUAAUUCAAAAACGACGUUACGAAGAAUUUAAUGUAACAAUUCACGUAGGUUCAGAAAACAUCUUCAUCUUUGUAACAACACACAUGCUUUUUUAUUUCUUUCUGACUUCUCGUAUCAAGACUCACGAAUGUAAUAUAGAAAACGUAAUUACGCAGUCUUAUCACGAAAUAAAUAAUUCAGUUUGGAA